AUGGUUCCACUUCCCUAUCUUUACGCUUUACUGAACCUCUCUCGUCCUAAUGCACUAUUAAUGGACACUGUCGUCUUAGCCGGAAUCUUAAACUCAUCUUUUGAAACUAAACGUAAAGAUAAGAUUCAUAAAUCAGCCUUUGUAAAAUAACAUUCGAGCGCAACUGUUGACGAAGGUUAUCGCCAAAUUAUCAACAGAUCGCAUCAACGGAAUCCAGUAGGACAAGUUCGCAUCGAUCAUCGCAACGGUGGUAUGGCGCAAUUGCAAUUGUGACACGCAGUCCCGACUGAAAAUCCCGCGUGAUGGGUCACCAUUGUCGGGGUCAUGACGAAUGUGUCGAAAUAAUUGGGAUCGCUUCCCACGCAAAGUAGAGCGCAUCUCAUUCCAAUUGUGGAGUCCGAGAGCAAAAGGUCUUGUGCAUUGCACAACUGCCAGAUUAGUACAUUAUUGAACAGCACAUGGCAACAUGAGAACCCUUUUCCAGAUCUUCGUCAUCGGUGCAGCACUGUCAACCGUAACGGGAAGAGAUACCGCUCUGGAAUCCUUUCAGAAAAACAACAAUUUGGACAUUGGUGACUUUGAGUUCUUCAAAUACCCCGGAGUGCUAACCCCGAACGGAAUACGGCAUGGUGAUCAUAAUCCAACGAUAUCCCAGAAGGCGAAGGCGGUCUUCAAAUACUUCAAGUAUGUCUUUAUUGGAUCUCCGAUGCCGGAUUCGGGCUACGAAUUCGAUGUGCAGAAAGCCCUCAACCUAAGGGAUGCCUAUAAGAAACAGUUCGGCUAUCUGGGUGAAAACCUUGUGGCACUGGUUGGAAAUGGUUAUUCGGCCCAGCAGAUGCGACACUACGGAGCAAUAGGACGUGACUUUGAGCCGUUUUAAUACAGGAAUAGUCAAACCGUGUGAUGAACUUACUGCACAUCGGAAAAGCACAUGUUGUACACAGCACAUACGAGAGUACAAAAUACAAAACUUUUUCAGUGA